AAAAUCUAGCGAUACAAAGCCAGCGUGUGGAUCAAGGACGAUGGUAAAAAUUGUGAAUUCUCUUUACUUACUUCAGUUUCAGAUCGUGGUAUGCCGCGAAACCACCUUUGAAAACUGCGUUGGAGUAUCAAGCUCUUCUUGAUCAAAAAACCGAAAAGAAAAAGCGAAGAGAGCAAAUGAAACUGGUUGGUGCACGACGUUAUUCCAGUGCGACCCAAGAGGUUGUUUGCCUUGAGGACUUUACUUUUUGUAGAAUAAAUAAUUAUAAUAAGUCGAUGACUUGAAGAUCCUUUCAAUUUCGUUAAAAACCUGCAAAGCCACAGAAUACAAAACAAUGUGAAAAUGCUGCUUACAUCAACGAUUGGCCGUAUUGGAUGGCGGCUCACUCCUGAUUGUGGAGGGUGUUUAAUCGGUCUAAGAUGGCGUCUUCUGUUCGAAGUGAAUGUUGGUGAAUGUUUAUAAAUUUGUUGUACAUUUUUAUUUGUGUUUUAGAGAUGAAGCAGUCUUCUAAUCACUAUAAGCAGACUAGUAAGCUGACACAAUACAGCUCGGGUGAGGAUGAUAGUGGAACAGAAGAUAUUUUCACUCAGAAAGAUUUCAUAUUCAGUAGUUAUUUGCACCGCCCAGUAGAUCUCAAACAAAAGAAACAGCUGUCACCCACUUCAAAUUUGAGACAGAACAGAUUGAGGAGGACAGGUAUGAUUGAUACACCUGUGCUUUCUGUAACUCCUCGUAUAGAAACCAGCACAAUUCGUAAGACUUCUACCAGGUUGGUCUCAUCAACUCUGCUGCCAAAUCCGGCAAGAUCGAAGCAUUCUGCUAGCAUAAAUGCUCCUCUAAGACAUAGGUCACCAGUUGUUAGAGCCAGGUUGUGGAGUGAACGAAAUAGUGAUGCCGAUCUUAUGGACAACCGUGGAACCGUUUUGGAUUCAGAAAUAUCUCCAAAGACGCGUGUUUUGUGUGAAACCAGUGAUCAAGUGCCCAACAGUAGUGGAAGUACAAACGAUAAUAUUCAUUCAUUUCCUCGACAUGGACCUCUGAAGAAAUCUGAUAACUGCCGAAGAGUUCUUUCAGAUAUUACUAAAGAAACAGUUACAGAUUUUAGAUUCCAAUUUCCUUCCUACUUCUCAAGAGAUGUGUUGCCUUUGGAUGCAAGUGUAAAUUCUAAAUUUGAUGAUUUGUUGAGUGCAAAAGAUCGUAAAAGUGAAAAUAGCUUUGUGAAGAAAAAUACAAGUAACUUUGAAGAACCAUCAGCUAAUGGAAUACCAGCAAGGACAAGGAGUACUUUUUCAAACUCUGUUGAUGUGAGUAAGGAAUUCAAAACAACCGAAGAAAAAGGUUGGUUUUCCUUACAUUAUCAGAAAGUGUCAAUGAUUCUAGUUGUUAUUGUUCUGUUGUUUUUCUUUGGAGUGGGUCUUAUAUAUUUGAAUGUCCGAUUCAAAGAUGCUCAGAAAAAUCUUUCUCAUAAGUACGAGAGCAAGUAUCCGGUUUGUGACAGCAGUGUACAACACCAAGUGGUAUCUUGCAUCAGAGAAGAUCAGUUAAAUGUGGUGACUUCAUUGUUUGAGUCAAUAACUCCACAGUUAAUGGCAAGAGCUAGUGAUUCUUUGUGUAAUUCAUCCAAAGGCAGCAUGUCUGUUUCAGAUAAAGAUGUUUUGGAUUACAUACAGAGUACAAAAUCUGUGAAUCGUAAAUAUGCUGAAAAUUUACUGAAAGAUGUAAAAAUCUUGGUGCUAUCCAAUCCUCAUUGGGAUGUAGCAGUGGUUCAGGAUUUAUCUUUGGAUGACAUUGGAACUGAAACCCAUAGAAAUGAAUUUCUUAAUGAUAAUUUGUUACAUCAUGGACGCCUUGUAUUCAAAAAUCCACUUGUACCUGUUAGUUGCCAGUUGAAGCUCUGGUUUAAAACCUUUUUAAGCUGGGUAUCAUCAUUCACUGCAGUUUGUAUUGUGGUUACUGGACUACUGGUUGCUUUGUGGGAUUAUAAGCGGCGUUCUGAGCAACAUCGUCAAGAGGUGUACACUUUGGUAAACAAGAUCAUUAGUACAGUAAGAAAUCAUCACCGCCGCAUGCAAACUCCUGGAGCUGAUGGAACAACUUUUAUUUCUGUUGAUGUUUGUCGGAAUGAAAUUAUCACCUCCCAGCAAUCAAAUUAUUUAUCAUCUGCUUGGAAUGAAGCGGUGAGGUACAUCGAUGUUCAUGAAUCUCGAAUAUUAACUGAAGUACAUCUAAUACAUGGAAAACCUACAAAAAUGUGGCAAUGGUUAAAUGCUACUUCUCGACCUUCUGAGAUAUGUGCAAAACCUAACAACACAAAUGUCAAUGUGACUCCAGAAGAACCAGACAGUUCAUCUACUGCUUCUUCUUUUGUUCCUGCUCACUCCAGUUCCUCGUGGACCACAAAAUGCCGUCGUAAUAAGGUGUGGCAAGGCAAGGCUUUUGAAACUAUUGCUGGUAGUCCUAACUCGCUGCCAUGUAGUCCCACUCCAUGCCUUAAAAUAAGACAUAUGUUUGAUCCAGAUUUGGAACAUGGAGAUGAUUGGCCAAUUCUCAUUCAGGAUUCAAUUUUGGAGAAAUGUGAAGAUGUGAACGUUCUUCAUCUGUUUAUAGACUGUUCUUCUCAAGAAGGUUGUGUAUUCAUGAAAUGUAGCUCCUCAGAAGAAGCUGGAAAAGCAUAUCGAGCUUUGCAUGGCUGGUGGUUUGAUACUAAAUUGGUGACAGUGAAAUACUUGCGCACCGAAAGAUAUCAUGAACGAUUUCCGGAAGCAGUGAAUGCUUCAAGUUCUCUCCGUCCAUCAAAUAACCAACGCCUGUCCCUGCAAGAAUUGUGGCACUUCCCUCUAGAAUCUACUUAACAUUCAAAAUAUAAGUAUGUAAUAUUAUAGCUUAAUAUUAAUGGUGACUUGGUCACUAAAACUUGAUUUUAAUUUCUUAAAUGGAGGCAUUUGUGAAAAGCAAGAGUACAUUACAUGCUUUGGUAACCAAAGUUGUGUAUAUUGUUGUUGUUUGUUUUGUUUCUUGUGCUUUUGUACUUUUUCUCUUCUUUUAAUUCUCUGAAAUGUUCUAAUGAAUACAAGAAUAUGGUAAGCUUUGGAUUGAGUAAAUACCCAACUACAAUAAUAGCAUCCCCCAAAAGUAUUUUUGUGAUGCUAAAUAUAAGAUUUGAGUGUGUUAUUAAGUGAAUCUAAAAUAUACAUUGUUAUGCUUACUUUCACGUUAGAAUUCUGUAAAACAUAGUGUGCAAACAUUCUAUUUACUGUUAAUUUGUUUUUGUUCUUGUUUUUCAUUAUAUUAUUUUACAUAAGCCUAAUGCCCAUCAUCAUUGUCUUUUCAUUUCUUCUUCUGAACUUUCCUUAAUACUGUAGGUAGAUCUUGUGAGUAUUUAAACAUUUUUAUCCAUCUGCCCCAGUUAUUCGCAUAUUAUGACAAUUAUAUUUUGCACGUGUUUGACAGUGUUUUCUUGUGGGCGUUGUGAAUUUUAUUAAUGUAUUCCUGAAUUUAGGUUGAUUAGGGAAAUACUGUCAAUUAUAUUUUGUCAAAAAGUAUUAGUCUAUUAUUUUUAUCGAAAUGCUAGGGGAAUGGUAUCUGUUGUUUACAUUUCAGUGAUUAAUGGGUGUAGAGUCAAAGUUUUGUAGUCAAUUGUUAGUAGCUUUAAACAUUACUAUUACAUUCAGGUAUUGAAUAAAUGAUGUGUUCAGAAUUAAAUUGAUAGAAUAUGAAGGAAAAAUUCGCAUUGUCAUGUUUUCUUUUGAGGAAAUGGUUCAUCUGGAAAACUGAACUUCAAAACAUUUUCUUAAGCAGAUUAGGAUUAUUUUACCGAGUAGUAGUUUUUCUAGUUUUCAUCAUAAAAACUAUAGAAACAUAUUAUGAAACUUUCAAAUUUAUUGAAUUUUUGUUUUGCAGGAUUUUAUAACAAUGUGUAGGAUCCAUUCAAUUUUUUCCCCAAAAGAUAAUAUAACAUUAAAUUUACCUUAGAAAAUUAUACUGGUGAACAAAUGUUAGUGUUGAUUUUCUUGAUUCAUGUAAUGUUAUAGUACAACUAGUACAUUAUCUAGCACAUUAACUAGCUUAAUAUUUUCAAAAUCAAAAUUUUAUUAAAGUAAAUACCACAAACAUUUUUAAAAUUUUCACAAAAUUAUUUCACGAUUGAAUUUCCCUGCAAAUUUCCAAAGACAGUGUAUUGACUAUUCUGAAUUAUUAAAUAAAUGAUUUAACAAAUUAUAAUAAAAUAUACUUCAGAUCUUUUCUUAGUAUUAAUAGCAGUGAUUUCAGUGAGAAACAGUAAACCUUAAUUUAGCAAUACUAUUAUGCAUUAUAUAUUGCAAAUAAAUGAUAUGGCAAUGAAACAAAAGCAAUGAUUUUAUAGCAAUAAUUUAGUGUUGAUGAUUUAUCUCCAAUCACUUUAAAAGUUAAGAAUUUUAGAUAUUUCAUUUACACACAUGCCAUCUUAAUCUUCUUAAUUUCCUUACAUUUGUAGGUAUUGAUGUUUUUAUAUGUAUUACAUUCUCACAUAACAUUGUGUUUCAGAAAAUCUGCCUUAUCAGGAUGCAUGCCCUUAAUUCAUAUCAGAUGCAUCCUGUCCUCCUCCUGCCAGGGUUUCAAGUUUCCAUGGUUUCCUACACUGCAUUCUUUUUCAUACAAUUUCAAGAUGGGAACAUUACAAUAUUAUUAGAUGUUGCUAUUAUUACUUCCUUUGCUUAAAAAGAUUUCAUUUACUGCAUUCUAUAGAAGUUCAAAAAAUGUGUAUGUAACAAGAGCUGUGUUUACUCAGUGUGGUAGAUGUACAUGAGAUAUUGGGGAGACUAUGGAAUGUGCAAAUUUAUCUCCCAAGAAAUUCUGGGAUUGUGCUAAUUGUAAAUUACAACUAACAUUAUGUUAUACAACCAGUUUUCUUUGUUUUUUGCGGAGUGUAGAAUGAUGGUUAAUCUACCCGAAUAGCAGACCCAUGCCACUUUUCUUAGUAGGUACUACUUCUCUUCCUCCUCAUUUUUCAUCUUCUUGGAUGUCUCCGCCGUACAUUUUGUUGUUUGUUUUUUACUUUGAAACUAGUCAUUUUAUUAGUACAGAUUAGUGAUUAAAAAAUACGAUAUCUUUCCAAUCAUGGAAAUAAUUGAACAGCUUUCUUCGAAUAUCAUCUGAAGAUUUGUCAUAUUUUACAUAUAUUUGGCAAUCAUGUAGAGUGAAGUGUUGUUUCUUCUUAUGAUUUCCACAUUAAUUGGUUUUAUGUUUAAGUAUUGUAUGUCUCUUAAAUUCAAUCCGGUGUUGAAAAUGAAAAUAUUGUGUUCUUUGCUAGUGUUUUGAAUUUACCAUUCUGCUACCUUGACUGUUUCAACUGUUUACAUUCAGAUACAACUGUUUACAUACUCUGUUGGUUUUUAAGAUCAUUGGGAGUGAAAUUAAUGACUCCUUAAAAUUAAAAAUGCAAGCUUACUUUUCAUUGAAAAAUUAAGUAAUCCCUAAGUGGUUUCCGAUUCAAAAGAAUUAUUUUGUUUUUUAUUUAUGUUAAUAUUGUCCUUAUCUUGCAAAUUAAUCAGAAGAAUAUAAUGUAAGUACAUUUUUAUUAAAGCUUAAUAAUUUGUAUUUAAUAUUAACAUCUUUGAAGUUUUUAUAAAUUUGAAACACAAAGAUAGAGUAUUCACUAAAUACAUAUUCUUUCUUUAAAAUUAAUAAGAAAUUCUUGUAAUGUAAUUUCAGCAUUAUGUGUUGUAUAAAUGUUUUACGAGAAUAAUUGAAUGCAUAUCUCAGGAUCGUUUUAAACAAGGUUCUCAUUGGUAUGUAGUUUGGAAAAUUCCAUGUUGUGUCUAUGCGUUUAUUUGGUUAGUUAUCUCUUUUCUCAUCCUUAAAGAUGAGAAAGAUAGUUUCAGAUAUACAAAUUUCCUUGUUUGUCUACAUGCAGACAUGGGUGGCCGGAUGUGCAUGUGUGUGUUUUAGUGUGUGUAUUGCAAUUAUUUAUUCCCUAUUCUUGUUUUAAACAGUAGCAUUAGUCCUGAAGACAGAUAGGCAACAAAAGAGAUAAUAAAAUAAAAAAUAAACGGCAUAGGAUUGACAUCCGAAAAUAUCAUCCAACUGGAACUUAAAGGGAUAAACUAAGGUCAUUAUAAUGUCACUUGCACACAAUGUUCUAUCUUCUUCCUGUAAAACAUUUCUUCAUUAAUUUCUGGCCAUUGCUUUUUGUAUGCAGGCUUUUAACAAUAUCUGUACAGGUGUUUUGCAGCAUUUGUCAAUUGGGUUAGUUCCUAUAUUUUCAGGUUGUAGAAUUUUAUGGAAAAUUUAGUUGCUCUUUCCAUAUCUUCAUCUCCAGAUUUAAUUUGUUCCUUCUUUGUUCUGUGAUUUCACUACUUAUUUGUUGCUUCAGUAUAUUCUACAGUUGAGGUUGUAGUAUUUGUGCUUCUUCCUGUAUUUUUUGAUAUCUUUAUUAGUGUCAUGUAUACGAGAAGCUGGCUGUUAUUUUGAGAGAUUUUUUGUGUUUUGCCUUCAUUACAAGAUCUUUCCUUUGUUGCAUGUUUAAACUUUUGCCGUUUGAAUACUUUAAAUCCUCCUAGGAAUUCACUUACCUAAGUUGAAAGUUAGUUUUUUAAUGCAGGUUAUCCUCAUAAGUAGUUUCUAAUGUUUCAUGUUGUCUGGUAUUUUAUCAUCUUUAUGAUACAUUCUUGUUUAUGGUCUUCUGAAUUCACUUCUUACAGAUAUUUAUGCAUUCUGGUGUUCUUUAGAACACUUCGGUUCAAUAAUGAUCCUGAUGUUCCUUUCAUAACCCUUACAUUCCAGGUGACUUUUUAUUACCGCAUUCUCAGAAGUUGAGGGUGAUUCUAGUUUUAAUUAUUUUUUUUCUUUGGUAAUUUUUAUUUUUUUGUUUUUUUAAGUUCUGGAACUUACUUUUAAGCCCACUGUUAUUUUCUUAAUAUUUGGGCCUUUCUGCAUUACGUUUUUAAAAAGCUUUUUUGUCUGUUAAUAAAAUCGUGACAUUCCUGGCACAAAUAUCAUUUAUUGAUUCUGUAUCUUUGGUACAAUUUCCAUUCAAUGUGUGCUUUUCUUAGAAUAGCUUUAGUUUUUGGCAAGUUUCUCUGCAAUUAAUAGAUGUGUAAUUCUUUGAUUAAAUAAGAAUGUAAUUAGCAUUUUUAUAGACAAUCGCAGCACUGAGUAACAAGAUUUAAUACAUUUUAGCAAUCUGUGCAAUGCCAUGAUGUGUUAGUCACAUUUGUAUUUUAAUUGGACCUUAGUUUACACAUGUAAUGACUUCAGAUGCAUGGGCAUAGAGAUAUAAAUCAUCUAGUUUAAUUAAAUUAAAUUGUGUUUCUUCCCUUUAGGCUGUAAGCAGGAGAAAUUUUCUAAAUAUCUGUGUGACCUGGAAAGUUUUAUGGAAUUUUGUCAUCAAUAUUUAUUUGUAACAAAAUCUUGUGUUCACCAUUUUAUCUUCUACAUUUUAACAUUUCAUCUUUUAACAUUAACAUUCCAGGGAACAAAGGCAAAAUAUUGUUGGGUGCUUUAUGGUACUAAUUGGAAAUCUGUGUUCUUGCUGAAUUGUUAUGGAUAAGGACAUUAGAUGCUUUUCUUUAUUUAGUAAAUAAAAAGUUGUGUUCACAAUAGUUUGUUUUCUGUUUUUGUGUGCCUGGCUGUGUAGUGCCGGGACUUUUUUGGACAUUUUUUUGUGCAUUUGAGUUUGUUGAUGUAAAAUAAUAAAGUUAUGGUAAGAGAUGUAGUGUUGUGUUGCAAAAGUACUUGGUUUUUUAAAUUGGGUUUUGUGAAAUAUAAGGUGUUGCCAGUGCUGGAUGUACUUGAACGACUCUCUUCUUUACAUAGCAAGGAAUUAAAAGUUAAAUUAUUUGCUUAUUUCUGCAUUUUAUUGUUAAAGAAUAUUAAGUUAAAUUUGUUGAGCUGCCAUAUCUUGUAAUGUAUAGUGAGCUUUGAUUGUUUUAUUGCACAUUGCAUUUUCAUUUAUAUUUACACUUUUUUUUCUCCCAUUCCUUCUUCUUCUAUUAUGUAAAACUUUGGUCACCAAAGGUAAAUGUUCAUAUGAAGGGAAAACUAUUUCUGGAAAAACAUGUUGCUACAAAACUCAGGUCUCAAUAUUGAUAACUUCUCUUACACUCAAAUAAUGUGUGUUAUGUAGAAGGAAUGUCAGGCUGAAAUAUCACGUUAUUACACCUAUAUAAUAAAUUUUAAGUAUUUUCUUUGGUUAUCCAACUACACAAAAUACCUUCUUUUUGAAUUUUUUGUGUAGUGUUGAAUAAAAUUACUUACCCAUGUCAUAUUUGUCAUAAUUUCCUCUUAGUCAUGUUUUGUAAUAGAAUUAUUGAACUACAUAUUCUAGAAAUGCCCACGUUUCUCAAAUAAAUGUGCAUUUAGUCUUACAGCAUAUAAGAAAUACUUAAAAGAAUAAUAUUGAUUUGUGUCAUAAGUCAGUCUGACCACCUUGUGCUUACGAGAAUGUUCCACAAAAUAUUAAGAUGCAUGAAAGAAAUUGGUCUUUAUUGUAAAGUUAGGGUAUUUUUUAAAAUUUUGUAUUUCAUUUAUCAAAGCUUCUUUGCCCUGUGCAAUUACAGAUUCUCUCCAGUGGAUAAUGUGUUAGCAAAAAUAUUUUUUGCUCAUAAUGAAAAUAGUUGUACUCAGAACAUGUGAGGGCAGAUCAUUGGUUGUGUUCUCAUAGUUCGAGUGACAAUACAUUCUUGAUGAUCAUGGAAAGAAAUUGGGGAUUUACAAUUUCAAGUUCACAACUGGAGGCAGAUCAUUCACCAUCUAUUUUGGCUGCUUGAUGGGUCAGGAAAGAACCUUAAUGUAAGUGAGUGAUCCAUUUCGACAAUUACUCAUCCAUGAUGAUGGGCAACGUUACCCCUUUAACCUAAAAAAUGUAUCACAGUAGUAAUAUAUUGCUGCACCAUUUCAUUGAUGAUUUUUUGAUAGAAUGGAAAAUACCAAAUGUACUAGUCCAGAAUUGAUGAGAUUUUUGUUAUUCACUCUGGAUCUUUUCCUUGGUAGGAAAAUUAUUUACAACAAAAUUUCAUCUUAUUUAGUAAUAAUAACAAUGAUGAUGAUUGAUUGUAUAGAUCUACGAAUAUUUUGUAUGCUCAGGAAAUAUAUUAUCAUUACAUUAUUAUUGUAAUAGCAUACAUAAAAAUACUUCUCAUUAUUUUGCAAAAAAGGGGACAGAUGCUAGUUAAAGAAAUCAUGAGCACAUUAUUUGGGAGAAGUUAUCAAAGGCAUUUAAAAUAUUUCUUAUCACUCGCCGAUUUAAUAGUGCGAAAUUACAGAUUCAGCUUAUGAAUCAAAAGAAGAAAAAGAAUAAGCUCAUUGUUAUUUGUAGUUAAUAUUUUUUACAGCAUUACCUUCCACCAAGUGAAAAUAGGAAAAUAUUUUGUAUGUACUUCUCUUUGUUUCAGCAGACAUAUCUUUAUAGAGGUAUUUUGUGGCAUUUAGAAGCUAUUUUAGGGAAAUUUUCAAUUGAGUACAUUUAUGUACUAUUCGUAUACAAAACAAAGCAAAAUUGGUUGUAAUAAUUUUCAUUUUAUCAAGGGUUUGGAAUGACCAUUGUUUUGUUUACAACUAAAUUGUACAGAUCCUCUUGCAUACAUUUCUAUAUAAAGAAAAUAUGCCAUGUGAACAUUCUCCAUUGAAAUAUUCUAAACAAUAAUCAGUUUUGAAAUAGUAGUCUAACUUUCAAACAAUAUUCAACUUUCAUGUGUAUUCUGUAUUUUUAUUUCUUAUACAAAUUCUAGCUGUGAGAAUCAAUGAAUUCUGUUGUCUUCAUUGAGAAUUUGAUUUAAAUCCCAUUCAGCAGCAAGUAAGAGAUUGUCCACUACAGGACCUAUAAAGUCUUUCUACAUAUUCUAAAAAAACUACAUUCAAUUAAUGUAUCAUUUUCCUAGUGGGCAUUUUCUAAAGUAUAUUUUUAGUUCAUGAAACAAUCUUCAUUUCAUCCUAAUAAUAGUUAAUAAAACUUAAGAAUGUACCAUUAUUGUUCUUCUAUGAUAUGAAUGUAAUUUAAUAAUUCUGAUAUAAGUAAUAUUUUUUAAAGUACUAUUUUUGUGUAUGACCCAUUUUGUUGUUUUGUAAAAAAAUCUUUUAUGAAAUUUGUUCCAUUUUGUAAAUAUCAUUUCAUUGAGAGUAGUUUUCCUUCAGGUAAAAACUGCAAGAUAACAAAAGAAUAAACAACUACAAAAUUGUUAAAUUUUAUUAGACUACUUGUGUACAUAUGGAUGUUUAUAUUAUUGAUAAGGUGUGCAAUAUUUUUUAUAAGGUUGAAGUUGUUGAAGUGUCUGAAAAAUGUUGGAAUAAUAUUCCCAGAACGUUGCAAGAUUUGAAAGCUGGCACAAUUUGGGAUAUCGUCCUUUAACUCCAGCAAAUGUAACAUUACGAAUUUGAAAUCUAGUUGUGUAACUUAAUUUGGACUAUGAGCCUUGCUGUAUUAUUUGAAAUUCAUUGAAAUUAUUAUAGAAGACAAAACGAUCAUAUAGCAUGUUCAUUGUUAAUGUUGUUUAUUAAAAGCUACUGUUAAAUUUUGCCUUAUUUGAAAGGAGUCAUACAGGCUUUCUUGUCUGUGGCAUUGAUGAGGAAACUGUGCCUUUAGUGACUGAUAUACAUAGAUUUUUAUAUAUAUCUAUAUAUGUUUUGAUGCCAAAUACAUUUUUGAAAGUGGUUCUUGUUUGAAUGAGUGAAUGAUUGACAAUGAAAUUAAUGUUCUUUUGGUACAACUUUUCAAUUUACUGUUGAUCUCUGUACUGACAUGUGAGCCUCAAAUAUGUUACAUUCUAUACCAGAAUAUUGUACUUUUUUAUGCACUAAACAGCUUCCAGUGCUUCUGCUUAAUCAUUGAUUCGUAUAUCCACUUACUAACGAGUUGCUACAAUCAUUUUUAUACAUUGUAUGUGUACAAGAAGAAAGCUUCAGGUGAUGUCACUGAAUUGCGAGCAUUGUAAAGUAUAUCUCUAGGAAUCCAUUGAUUCAUUUUUUCCUUCAUUUUCUACAAAGGUCUUACACAAGAUUUGUGUUUCAAUUUCUAAGAAGCUAUAAAUUUUUUACAUUUACAGAUAUUUUGUAAUUAUCUCACGUAAUGGAUAAUAUAAGAAUUCUUGUGUGAGGUUGGUAUUAGUGGAUUACAUUUUUUCCUUUGUUUAAUGAUUAGUACAAAUCAACUUUGUUGUCAUGUUUUCUAGAACAUGAACGUUCACAUAGAAUAUUGACAUACAAUGUGCCUGAAGCUCAUGGACAGAAAAGAUGUUUACAUUGGAAAUUCAAUAUUUCAUUUGGGCAAAAGUGCAACUAAAAUGUAAUUUGACAGGUCAUGAGUUGUUUCAAUACAAAUAGAUAUGUCUUUAUUUAAAUUAAUAAAGUGAAGAAGCUAAGUUGUAGAAAGAUAAAUUUGAUUACUAUAAUAGUUCUCAUUAUCAAAAGCCAAAUGGAUGUUUAUUUUGCCACAGUUUCUCUGCAACUCAGUCAAACGAAUGACUGUAAUUCUCUGGUGGUUUGUAGUAUAGACUUAAUAUACUGUUCUUUGGAUGAGAUUUUUAAUAAAUGCAUUUGUAGGAACUGCCUCAACAUAAUAAUUACACAAAACAGUCUGUACUUAUUAAAUUCUGCAUAAUUUUUAAAGUUGUUUGUAUACUAAAACUUUAUUUCUGAUGGUUUUCUGUCAUUUAGUAUGUGACAGUUUUUAAACUAGUGAAAGAAUUCUUGCUUAAGCACAUUUGUUAAGUGAAUUUUCCUGAAGUAUUUCCAUGGAAUAAUUUUACAAAGUUGCCAGAGAAUGAAAUAUACCAAAUUUUAAACAAGAGCAAAUAAAAUGGUGUCAUGAAAGGGAUCCCUGUACAAUUCUCAUAUCUUGAAAGAAUCUUAGUGAAAAAUUAGGGUUGAAGUUAAGUGGACCAGCUAUUAAUGCCCAAAAUUCAGUGAAGUGCCUUAAAGAACAUUUUUCUAUGCAGGAAAUUUUCACUUUCCAAAAUUUAUCAGUUGUAAAUAUCAUCUUUUUGCCAAAUUGGCUAUUUCGAUUAUACCAGAUGAAAAUUUUAAGAGGGCGGUCAAAAAAAUUCCUACUGCAAUACUAAAAUUCCCUACUUUUUUCUCUCAGCUCAUUUCUGCUUCAAUUGGGCCAGUUUAUGCUCAGUUGCUUGUUAAGCCAGUGCCAACAAAACUUCAAUGUGUUAAUACAAUUCCUCUAUCAUUAAUGUAGACUGUUUAUUAAUUUAUAAUUAAUAUUUAACAAACAAAACAAAAUGAAAAAAGAACAAUUAAUAGAACUUAAUUUAAACUCUUCUAUCUUAUUUUGAUUUAUAAUUAUUAUAGGCCCUAGUACUUGUUAUUAACAAUAAAAAAAGAAGUUUUUUAACGCUUUACUUAGAAAUUGUACUUUCUUUUACAAUAAUUAUUGCACCAGUUAAGGAAAAAAAUUGUUUUUUGAUGUGACAGAUGUCACUGUUGUUAACUGCUUCAUUCAUGAAAUUAAUUCCAAUAAUAACAAUAGAUGUGGGUACGCCCCAAUUAGAGCUGUGUAUUGCUUUACAGAUUAUUACUUUUUAUUGCAUUUUAGAUCUUUUCUUUUUAUUUCAUUUAUUAUUAUUAUUAUUUUACCAUUUCUCUUCACUGGCCAAUUAUAUGCUUUGAAACAUCAAUCAUAGGAGGUGGUGUGUAUUGAAACCAUGAGUUUCAUUAAUAUUUGGUGCAUUGGAAAGGUCUUUAGAAGGUAAUUUCUUUUGUGGAAUAGUUAUGUUAAAUACCAAAUUGGGCAUUAGUAAUUUGCAGAUAGAUUUACUUAAUAUUUUGCUACUCUGGAAUUUACCGGAAGUUUUCAAUGCUCUUGUAAUAUUACUUUCAGCCAUUAUUGAUUUUAUUUGAAAGUGAGAAUCUUUUAAAUGUUGAAUCUCCUUUUAUAUAUACUUUUUCCUCUCUCUCUAUGCAGUAGGGAUUAAUGUUUCUGUGGAAGAUAGUUAAAAAUUUUGCAUUGGCCAAGAUGUUGUGUCAGGUUUUAUAAAUUUAGUAUAAUGGAACCUGUUUGUUCUGUCACAUACAUCUGCAAAUAUUCUGGAAGACUGCAAACUCUUUUCUGGUGCUCUUGAAAUCAUGGCUACUUUGAACUUGUUUUCUAAAAUGUUACAAAAUUCUUGCAUCAAAACAAAACAAAAAAACUUGUGUUUCAUUGGAACAAAAUUAGAUGGGGACAAAUUGAAAGAGCUGUAUUGCCCAUCUUUGUAAUUCCAGGAGAAGUAUACAUUUUGUAAAUAAAAUUUCUUUAAAGUCUGAGAAUUGUUCCUACAUAAUAUAUUCUAUGUGAAUGUCACUUUGUGCAUCCAGUUGAGCACAAUCAUAUUCACUCUUAUCUUAGUACGAAGUGGGAAAGAAGCUGUUGCAACAUUUUCUUUUUGCAUAGUCAGCAGUUUAAUAUGUGUGAGAGUAUGUAUACAUAUUUCUUUAGUUACAGCUAAUUGUGUUAUUAAAUUCCAUAUGAAUUUUUAGUUCAGCAAAAUCUCAGUGUUCAAACACACGCCCAGUAAUUAUUAGUUUCAUUUCAAAUAUAUGUUAAGCAUAUAAUACUUGUUUCUGUGCAAUGUUGCAGCUUUGUAGGAAUGUUAGAUAGUGUUGAUUUGCACAAUUUCCUUGUUGGAACCUGGCUUAUUAGUCUCAUUGCUAUUGCCAUUCUCAAAAUUAACAAUCCUUAUUGUAUAGAUUAAAGGAGAUAAUUUUAUUAAUUUAAUAAACUUAUUUGUUUUUCAAGUCGUAUGCAGAGGAAGUCAAAUUGUAUUGUGAUAAAGUGGGACACCCACUGAAAUAAAUUUAUUUGCUAAAGCUCUGCUCCUCAGGUCCACAAGGUGCUAAUAUGAGUUCAACAAACACCGAGAAUUGAUAUACUUGGUCCACAUAAACUUACUUUAACUUAAUAUUUCAUUGAAAUUUCCAAUUUCAGAGCACGUUCUUGCUUGAAUAUGCAUAUAGUGUGCAUUUGCCCAAAAAAUAUUGUGUGAAGUGAAACAAGAAAAAUACUGUCAGUGAUAAUUUGUUUACUGACUUAAAAUUGUACAGAAUAUUGAAAUGAACUUGCAGUUUGUCGUAGUGAAAUAUAAUAGCCAUUUAGCAAUUCAGGGCAGUGUGCAGUUGAUAUUCGGUAAUUUAAGUGUUCUUACUCAAUCCAGCUAGUCAAAUGUAUUGACAGCUAGGUUAACCUGUAUUUAUAUCCAUUAUUGCAUAAUUUAUACCCUGUUUAACACAGGGAAUUGUUUAUGACUGAAUAUGUUAAAGUACUCGAAUAAAUACUUCAAUCAAUCAACCAGCCAGUUUUCAGAUUUGCAAUAAUCAGAAAUGAGUCAUAAUUAAUUGGUGCUGUUGAAAUAUAGAUUUAAAUGCAGGGAACAAAUAUCUGGAUGUGUUUUACCAGAAUUGUAUCACUAAUGCAUUUUUAAAGGCAAUCAGACCAACAAAUUACAUGUGGUACGUGGAUCAUUGUUGAUGUUGAUCGAAGUGUAGUUUCCUUUUAGUUAUUUUCUUUAGAUUAAUAAUGUUAAUGAAAAAAAAUUAUUUUCCAUCCAGUUACUGAAAGAGUUGAGUAUAUAGUGGAUGAAUGGAUAUACAUAAAUGUGCUUUAUUUGUAUGGAUGAACGAGUGAAUGGGUAUUUAAUCAAUUAUUAAAUCAUGACUCCUUUUGUGUAUUACAACCUCCUUGUGUUUAUAAUGUCAUCUGAUAAAGCAUCUUGAACAAACCAUAUGUAUUACAUAAAUUCAAUUUUCACAUUGUUCUCAAAAACAUGGUUGUGAUAGUGUAUUGGUCUUUAAUUUCAAUUUUUUAGUGAUUCAAGGACAGUUAAUGUGGUUAUUAUUUUACCACAAGGAGAAUGAAUGGAUGUUAAAACAGUUUUGUUGAUGUCUAUGUGAAAUGAGAUUCAGUACAAAACAUGAUGAGUAGUAUCCAUGUAGUGAUCUUCAGGAACAGAAUUAUCCAGUUUUCUGGUAAUGUCAUGAAUGUACUUUUAGGGAUACACAAAUGUAUUUUCAGGUUAUGUACCAUAAUAUGUUUAGAUACGCAAGUGAUGUAAUUACCACACUGGUAAUUUUUUCUCUCCCUAGUUAUCGUGUUCAUUAGAGCCAGAGGCUCGGGUCUUGUUAGUGUAAAAUCAUGACCAUUUUAUUAACAAAAUAUUGUAGCUCACUACAUAAUUCAACACUGCCAUUUUAGGUGCUAAAACUGUCAUGGGAAAUUAGGAUGUUUUUUGUUGCAUAAUCUUACUGCAAAAGGAGGUUGAAUAUUAAAUAUCUAUGAAAACUUUAUUAAUGACAACAAUAAUAAAUAUGAUCACAGCAAGAAUAUCAAAUGUAAAUGAUAAUUGCAGCAGUUUGGUAAUAAAAGUAGAAAAGCAAGUAAAUAAAGUCUGUCAAUUUUGUAGCCAUGGUUGUAAUAAUAUUAAUCUCUGGUAGUAUUUAGAAUAACACUGACAUUGCUGCAAACCUGUUAGUUAUAGUUGUCGUUAUCAGAAUGUUGAAAAACCUAACCACAAGAACUUUUAGUUGAUGCAAUAUUUGGUAUGCUAAUGGUCGCAUUGUAGCAUGAAUGAUACUCGGAACUAAAAGUAACAAAAUAUUAAUUCUGAUCUUCAUUUAUUCUUAAAGUGGUGUGAAGUGAAUUUGUAAUACUGCUAUGUUGAAUUAGAUCUUAGAAGAAUGUUGUACUUGCAGCUGUUCUGAUGAAGGUACAUCAAUUUGUUAAGAGUCGAGCAUACUACAAAACAAUUAGUUUGCUCAUUUUAUGUACAUCUAUUCUUGCCCAUUUUUGUUGGAAGUACUGACAUUCAGUAAUAAUGAUGCAUUGUAAUUUUUAUGAUCUCAGAGUGAUCUGAAUUAAGAUUUAGUCAAAGUAUCUUAAUCAUUCAGAUUGUAUGCAUGUAGUGUAUUUUGAUCUCAAAAGUUUUGAAUUUUACUCUAUUGUUUCCUUUUAAAUGUGUUAUAAAAAACAAACAUUUUAAGGCCAUUUAAAGGAAAUCUUCAAAACAUAUAUAAUGCAAUUUCUUAAAAGAUUAACUGUAAGGAAUGCAAAUACCAACCGAAAAUACCAGUAGAGUAUUGUUUUAAAAGUAAAAUACUGAUAUUUGUUAUAUGAUGAAGUUGGUGCAUAAAACAAACCACAUAAGUGCUCAAAACGUUACUUAGUACAGUUAUAUUAAGACACCCUCCCCCUUUUUAUAUUUACACCUUCAAAUGCAUGAGAUGUAUUAAAAUAUAUAAUAUCUGUAUUACUAUUAAUUAUUUCAUUUCAUGUCCUUCACUAAUAAUGCAGCUGUAGAUCAAGAAUCUGUAAUUAUUAAAUCAUGCAUAAUCUGCUGCUUUUCAAAACUUAUAUCAUUGUCGUAUCAUAGCUAAAUAUCUUGAUUCACAAAUUAACAAGUUAUGCCUAUGAAUAUGGCGUAUUAACUCGUCCAUCUUUGUCUACAUAAUGUCGUAAGGUUCUAAAGCAAGAGUCAUGUAAAUGAUCUUGACUGUUGUGGUGAGGCCAUGUGAAAGGCUCUGUUGCUUAUGUUUCAACCAUUAUGUUGUAUUUUACAGGGCUGGAAUGCAUUCCCAGCCAAGUAGAAGAGCAAGAUAUGGUGGUCUAAAUGUCAGUAUCAUAGCCUUUGAUGUGCUAUCACCCAAACAGCUGAGUGCAUUUUCAUGCUGUUAAAAGUGUAGUUGUAGUAAAUUGAUCUAAUAGGAUCAUUGAACACUCAAUUGAUUUAGUGUGUGUGUGUGUUAGAGAGAAUGUUUUUUAUAUUGUGUUGAAUACUUUUCAUAGCUGUGAUUCAUAUUUUAAGAGUAUUGUGUUAUGUAAUAGUUAUAUAAUAUAUUUUGUAGUUUUUUGAGAAUAAGGCCAAAUGUUUCAUCAUACUUGGCAUAUUAGUCUGCAGUUUAUAUAAUAAAGUUAAUGUUCAAGGAACUAUUGGAACAGAAGCUUAGAAGCAUUAAACAACUAAUGGUUUAAGUACAUUGUAGUAUUGAAAGAGUUAAAUGUGAAUAUCCAUAUUAUUUUAUUGUGAUAGUCAGUAAUCGUACAUAUGACUCCAUUUAGAAAUGUUUUUAAUGUAAAAGGAAUUCUGUGCUGGCUGGUUGAAAUUGUACUGCUUUACUGGACUUAAUUCUGCAUUGAUGGCCAUUGUUCUUAAAAUUGUGAAAUGUAUUAUUUUUAUAUACAUAUAUAUUAAUAUGGAAAUAUAUAUUCCUGGCAAUUACCCUGCCAUUCAAUGGGAAUUGUAAAUAAGUUCUUUGUCUUAGCACUGUUAUUUCUUUUCAUUGUGUAACAGCAAAGUUUAUACCCUUGAAUGUGGCUAUAUUUAUUGAAUUUUUCAAUAAAUAAAGUUUUUUUAAUAUUUUCCCCCAAAAAUUAUCGCUACUAUAAAUCUUGUAUAUUGAUGUAAUAUGGUCAUAAGCCUCAAUAACCCAAAUAUAACAAGAUCAAUCACAUAGGAUGUAUUAGUAUAGAAGUGCAAUUGGGUAUGAACUUUGUGGACUUGUUUUUCUAUCAUUUGUGAGUCUGUUUGGAAAAGGAAAAUGUGAUACAUUUCAUAGACUCAGUGCAUGUAAUAAUGUCUUUAUAUUUUUAUGUGAUAAAGGCAUGUAUUUUGAACAUUGUUGAGAAUAAGUUUUGUAAUUUUAAAGGAAGACAUUUUAUUCUAAUUAGAAAUUAAGGAUAUAAUAUUUCAUAAGUUGUCAUUAAAAAUGUAUAUCACUGCAAGCUAUAACAUUGAGCAAUAUGCAGUUUGAGAAAGAAGUGUGAUGCUUCAGGUUCAAAACAGAUUCUUUUUGUGAAAGUAUAUAAUUUUAUCUGUAUUAUGUAUGUCUAUAUGAAUGCUAUAUAUAUACAUAAUAUAUUGAUAAAAUCAAAAUAUAUACAAGUAUGUAAUUUUUGGAAAUAUUAAGUAUAUACAUGUAUAUAUUUGGUUUCUUUAAAGUGUGUUUCAUUGUGAUGAAAAAGAUGAUUAAUUUCCUUAUACUCUUAUUCUUUUACUACAUCCUGUCCACACUUUAUUCACAACCUUAAAACUGAUGUUAUUGCCCAAUUCUUCUGGGAAGACGAAUAUGAAGGGGGGAAGAAAAAAAGAAAGAAAAAAAAAUAGAUUUCGAAUUGAGCGGCGGAGGGGGGGG